UGUGAGUUCGCCAUGGAUGCCGAGCUCCUUGAGCUCCAGCAACUGUUCGAAUCGGCGCAGCAGGCGAAGUCCAGUGUCCGCCUCUCCGAGCGCAAUGUUGUGGAGCUUAUUCUGAAGCUCCAGCAGCGAGGUUUCCUCGACUUCGAUCUGCUCCACACCGUCUCCGGCAAAGAAUACAUCACCCCUGAUCAGUUACGGCUCGAGAUGGAGGCGGAGAUCAGGAAGUCUGGCCGCGUUUCGCUUAUUGAUCUCUCUGAUAUAAUCGGAAUGGAUUUGUACCAUAUUGAGACGCAGGCGCAGAGGAUCGUCGCUGGGGAUUCAGGGCUUAUGUUGAUCAAUGGGGAGAUUAUUUCACAAGGUUACUGGAACUCCGUGGCAGAGGAGAUUAAUGAGAAGCUGCAGGAGUGCAGCCAGAUAUCCCUUGCGGAACUUGCUGCACAGUUGCACAUCGGCUCGGAGCUCAUAGUCUCCGUCCUUGAGCCUCGUCUUGGCACUAUCGUGAAAGGAAGAUUGGAAGGAGGGCAGUUGUUCACUCCUGCUUAUGUUUCUCGUAUUGGUGCUAUGGUCCGUGGGGCUACAAGGGGUAUUACUGUUCCAACAAACUUGUCGACUGUGUGGAGCUCCUUGCAGCAACUGCUGCAAGAAAUGGAUAGCGCCUCUGGUGUGUCUGUGGAAGGUACUUUUUUUCAGUCUUUGUUUAACGGGUUGGUGAAGGAGGGGGAGAUUCUUGGAUCGCUUCGUGCAGGUGUUCAGUGGACUCCAGCAGUCUUUGCUCAUGCUCAGAGAGAAAGUGUGGAUUCUUUCUUUUCACAGAAUUCUUUCAUCAGCUAUGAUGUCCUUCAUAAGCUUGCAAUCCCUCAGCCUAAACAGUACUUGCAGUCCAGAUAUGCUGAAGGCAUUCCAUUGGAUGGUAUAUUUGUUCAUCCUUCUAUGGUUGAAAUGUUGGAUGCUGCUAUAGAGGAUGCCAUUGAGCAUGGUAACUGGAUCGAUUGCCUUUCUGUUCUACCAGCCUACGUAGGCGGUUCAGAUGCUUCAAAGAUUUUGUCACUUUGUUCUUCUAUCCAAAAAGCAACCAAAUCUUCAAAGGCCGUAAUACUUGGGGAAACAUGCGUAUUUAGCAACAUCUAUUUGAAGGCUAUGUUUGAUCAAAUGGAGAAAGAGAUGGAUACGCUUAUCUGUAAAAAUUCUUAUGGUCAGACACUGUCUAAUGAGUUAUGCGCAGCAAGUGAAUCUAAAAAUAUUACUCUUGGUCAACAUUUUGAUCAGAAAGAAGUUGGUGAUGAUGGGGCAAUCAGUAGACAAGUAGUUGAAAAAGGAUCCAAAAAGAAAAGAGGCAAGAAUGCAGGAUCUGUGAAGGCUGGUGUAUCUGAAGAUGAUCCUGAUACACAGGAAAAUUUUACUGGUAAAGCUAAGAAAAAUGCGAGAAAAUCCAAAGGCACUGGUUCUUCUGAUGUUCCUGAUACCAAAGUUAGUGCUAAGAAGGGGUUGGAUAAGGGAAAGGAUGAUAGCGUGGAUAUUCCUUCAGAAGAAUGGAUAAUGGAAAGGAUUUUGACGCUAGCUCCAGAUUUGGAAGAUGUGGGAGGUUUAGAUGAUCCUCAUGCAUUAAUCAGAUGCUUGUCUGCUCAUUUGAAGCCAAUGCUAACCAGCACAUGGAAAAAGAGAAGGAGUGCGGUGUUGGUUGAAAGUGCUGAGAAAAGAAGGCGAUUGCUCGAUGAUCUGCAGAAACUGCUGGAUGAGGUUGUCCUAGAUUUGCAGCUUUAUGAGAAGGCAUUAGAUCAUUUUGAUGAUGAUCCUUCAACCUCAAUCAUAUUACAUAAGCAUCUCCUGAGAACUAUGGCCUCUCCCAUUACUGACAAAAUAUUAUUAACAUUGGACAUGGAUAAUAAACUAAAGGAUGGUGUUGCAGUUGAUGAUCAUCAAAACUUGGAAACCCCGUCACUUACUGGGGAUCGUAUUUCUUUGGCAAAGAGUCUUCCUAGUCCUUUAUCUGUCAAAGCACAAGCUUUAGUUGAAGCUUUGGAAGGAAAGAGAGUGGAAUCAUUUAUGGCAGCAUUAAGAGCUAUAGCAGAGGAAAGUGGGAUGCUGUUAAAGAAGCUUGACAAGAAAGUAGAGAGGGCAAUGCUGCAUUCUUAUCGCAAGGACUUAAUAUCCCAAGUUUCUUCAGAGACUGAUCCAGUGGCACUUUUGCCGAAGGUUGUUGCUUUGCUUUUUAUGCAGGUACACAAUAAGGCUCUUCAAGCACCUGGGAGGGCUAUUUCGGCUGUUCUUUCUCAUUUGAAGGACAAAUUACCAGGUUCAACAUUUAAGGUCUUAACAGAUUAUCACUCGGUGACAGUAAAGCUGUUAGCCCUACAAGCUGCCGCGACCGGAGAUGAGGAAGACUGCACCUCUGAUAGGAUCCUAAGCCAGAAAGAGCUGUUGGAAAGCAAAAUGGCAGAGCUAAAAGGAUUGGUGUUAAACACCACAAAUUCUUGAUUUAAGAUCUUAUUUCAAUCAAAGACAAAGCCACAGAUCAACAGCUCCUCUCUGUCCUUAAAACUUUUGUACUUAUUUAUUUAUUCAUAUAUUAUUCUACAGUGUAUCAUGUAUCAUUUUUAAGUAAAACAUAAACUAUUACCUUUACAAUCUCGUGUGUCAGUUCAGUUCGCUGGGCACGAGAUAUGUGAUUUGUCUUGGGAUUUAUAUAUA